AUGGCUACAGAACCUUUGAGGUAUGACAAACUUGACCCCGGGCGCAGCGAUAUCCGGAUUCUGCAGCUGCUGCCCGGGCGAUGGGCCGACGGCAUCAGCUGCACGCUGCAGACGGCCUCCCUCGACGGCGACCCCGUUUUUGACGCCCUUUCAUACGUCUGGGGCGACGCACAGGACACGACGGCUAUUACCGUGGACGGAUGCACUUUUUACGCGACCACGAACCUGGCUGCGGCCCUCCGGCGACUGCGUUCCAGCCAGGAGGUGCGCCCAGUGUGGGCUGACGCUGUGUGCAUCAACCAGGCCGACCACGGCGAGAAGAUGGGCCAGGUCCGGCUGAUGGCGCGCACCUACAAGUCUGCCCGCUCCGUCGUGGUCUUCCUUGGCGAAAGCGGCGUUCUCGGCCUGGUGUCCUCGGAAGAGCAGGCCGGGUGGGACGACCCCCCGCGCUUCGAGUGGCAUCGAGACGCUACCUGGCUGAUCCAGACUGAGCACGCGCCUUCCAAGAGCGGAAUCGACCCGCAGGGCGUCGUCACCGAUCUCUUGACUGUGCUCAACUGCAAAGGCCCCGAGUCUCCCGACUACGACCCCGUCGAUACCGCAGAGCUACCCAUGUGGGUUGUGUACGAGCCACAGGACGGCAUCAGGGAGCAGGACAGGAUCGAUGCCUUCUUUGCCAGACAAGAAGACGCCGGAUACAGCAACUCGUCUUCGGGUCCCCUCGCGGAACUUAGACAGCACCAAGAAGGGGCCUUUGCGAUUAUGAAGAUGCUCUCAAACGGCAGGUGCCCGAAACUGUGCCUCUGCUCGGCCACAGACUCACCUGUGUGGGUCGGGGCGCUCAAAGUGAUCGACCAUUUCACGGGCCUCCCGUGGUGGACCCGCCUGUGGGUUCUCCAGGAAGCCAUCCUCCAGCGCCGCCAAGUCACGGCCGUCUAUGGCGAGAUUGUGGCUCCCAUGUCACUCAUCGAGGCCUCGGGCGCGAUUCUGCCGCGGCACCACGACAACGGCUUGUGCUGCAAGUCAUUUUGGCACUCGCUGCCGCCGGACCAGCAGAGCACGCUCGAGCGCUUCUCAAAAAUGACGAGCAGCAUAGAAGCUGUCCGCGAGAUUCUUUCAAUCGUCGAGCAGAACCAGAUCGAGCGACUGCUGUUCCUGCUCGAGAAGACGCGCGACAGACAAGCCACAGACCCCAGGGACAAGAUGUACGGCCUGCUGGGCCUCAUCGAAGAUUCGCCCGGUCCCGUCGUCGAUAUUGCCCCCGACUACGAGCGAGACAUGACCCACCUCUACGCCGAUAUGGCUAUGCGCUUCAUCCGCCACCAGCAGAGUCUCCAGGUCCUGCUCAACCACGAGAUCAAGCCCGAGGCAGCCGGCAGCCACAUCCUGCCGUCCUGGGUCCCGCACUGGGGUGCGACAUACGGCUGCCUAACACCCAACCUCAUAAGGGGUCGGUUGUCGCAGUACAAUGCGUGGCCGCCGGGGGCGGGCAAGAUGCCGGAGCUUUCCGCCGACAGCCGCGCACUCGGCGUGACUGGAAAGUACGUCGACCGCAUCACAAACGUUAGCCGGGCCGCGGACAAGGCAGCCACGCCGGACCUGGCCAAAACGCUCAGCGAGCUCGACGUGUUUUUCGGCGUCGACGAGGGUCACCUGGUGAAGUACCAGCCCGACGGCAGCGGCAGCGGCAGUGGCAGUGGCAGUGGCAGCGGCAGCGGCAGCGGCGAAGAGGGC